UCGAGACUUCGAGCAGUGCGGCAGGCAAACUCCGGUUGCAGUUGCAGAUACAGAUACAAAUACAUAUAUAGAUACAGAGACAGAAGCGGAUCGAGACUAGAGAUACAGCCUAUAGCCACAGAGAUCCAGUUGCAGAGGACAGCGAAUAUGCCGUUCCCCAUCCAUCCGCCCAAGCAGAUGCCCUGCCCCCACUGGCAGCACUUUCCCAUCAGUCCCGUGGACAGCAAACCCAAUCCCUUUGAUUCGGUGGGCGGAGCGGCGGCAUCGGCCACCCAGGUCAACAUAGGGGUUAACAAGCCCCCAGAGCCGGUAUCCUAUCGCUAUUGCGUACAGUGUAAGACCUCCGGUAAGGAGUCAUCGAACGGAGUCGACAGGGAGUAAACUUCAAAUCUUUGGAGGUGACCCAUCGACCAAUCAGCCAUCACCUGUAAUCAGUCACUUCACUGGAGGACACACUUGGAAAGUCAACUAAAAUGAAAGCAAUCAUAAGGACCGCAGAACAAAGUUUUGAUUUUAAGAUAAUAACUAUAAUUUUAAUUUUAAAAUCAGUGAAACAAAUAUGAGAUACUAGCAAACCAUUGCAUUUUCCGAAUUGGAUCUUAUCUUUAAUCUAAUAUCUUAAAUAUCAGAUAUUUUAUCUAAAUUUGAGUUCUCAUUUUAAAAAAUAUCUUAUACUUAAAAGUAUUUAAACAGUGCAUCAACGAUCAUAACAAUAUGAAUAUCAAGUCAAACAAAUUUUAUUUUUUUUUUGUUCAUUUGUUAUUUUAUUUUAUACAAAGAUUUGAUAUUAUUAAGUUGUAAAUUGGUCUUCUAAAAGCAGGUCCACAGUUAACUAAUACUUUUUAUUUCGUAAUGAAUCUGAUAUUGAAUGAAUGUCACGUCCAAACGCAGCCUACAUUUUUUUUUCUGUGUUGUUAUUAUUUAACUCAACCUAAGCACAUGUUCCCAUUUAUUUUAUUUGCUGUUUUUGUUUGGGCAAAGUGUUUUUCUCUUGCUAUAAUUAAGUUAAGCAUUUUGUACGUAUUUAAUUUGUAUUUAGAGCUAAAGACUACAGUUUAUAAAGUGAAUUUGAAUUUAUGCCUUUUUUAAUAUAUUUAUAUAAGAAGCGCCAAUAAACGCACGACGCAUUUUAAAAAACGAGUUCUACACAAAUACACAAGCACUCCCCGUAUACACAUGCCA